UGGUUUGAGGUCCCAGCAUAUGUAAAACAGAAGUGGAUGGCUCCUCCUAUGCACCUGAUAUAGGGAGUAUUUACAGCUUUUUUACGGCACUGUUUCCAAGAAGGCAGCGACGCACCAUGACGCUCCGCUGGACUUAAAACCAUAAGGAUUUCCGUUUUUACGCAACAAACUACAAGGCUGCUGAUUAUUUGCUGAGGCGGAAGAAGAAGAAGAAAGUUUGCCCAGAAAGUUUGGUUCUUUUGUUUUCCAAAAUGCCACGAUCCUUUUUGGUCAAGAAACACAUAAACUCCACAAAGAAGCCAAAUUAUAGUGAGCUGGAAAGCCCAACAGUGUUUAUCACGCCGCACUUCUACAAGGGCCUGCCCAUCUCUGUCAUCCCCCAGCCGGAGAUCCUGAGCCCGGCGGUGUACAGCCCCAUCACAGUAUGGACCACCAGCAACCUGCCCCUGUCCCCGCUGCCCAGUGACCUCUCCCCCAUCUCCGGCUACCCCUCGUCCCUCUCCGACGCCUCCUCCAAGGACCACAGCGGCUCGGAAAGCCCCAGGAGCGACGAGGACGAGCGGCUGCUGCCCAAGCUGACGGACCCCAGCGGGGAGGAGGCGGAGAAGUUCCAGUGCGCCUUGUGCAGCAAAUCCUACUCCACGUACUCUGGACUGCUCAAGCACAAACAGCUGCACUGCGACGCCCAGGCGCGGAAAUCCUUCAGCUGCAAGUACUGCGAGAAGGAGUACGUCAGUCUGGGAGCUCUUAAAAUGCACAUCAGGACUCACACGUUGCCUUGCGUUUGCAAAAUAUGCGGGAAAGCUUUCUCCAGACCGUGGCUGCUCCAGGGACACAUCAGGACGCACACGGGUGAGAAGCCUUUCUCCUGCCCUCACUGCAACAGGGCGUUCGCAGACAGGUCUAACCUCAGGGCUCACCUACAGACCCAUUCGGAUGUGAAAAAAUACCAAUGCAAGAACUGCUCCAAAACCUUCUCCAGGAUGUCUCUUCUGCACAAGCAUGAGGAAUCUGGUUGCUGCGCGGCACACUGAAGCUGGGAUACCUUUUUCUUUUCUUUUUUUUUUCUUUCUUUGUUCGUCACCAGAAACCACCAACAAAACCCCUUCCACCUCUCUCCGUUUCCUCAUUUUCUCCAAGCCCAGGGAAGCUGUCAGGGAGUUACACCAAAGCAGAGGGAAUGGGGGGUGUGUGUGAGUUUGCUCACAAAUAUGCAGACUGUUAUUUUAUUUUAUUUUUUCUAUUCUACCGGUCCAUUUCAUUUCAUAGUGAGAAAUCCGCUCAGCACUCCCUCGCUUCUCGUUUCAAUCAGUGUUCCUGUGAUUGCAAUCAGCGUUGAGCUUUGUCGAACCAUGUACUAAACCUACCUGUGCCAUUCAUGCACUUUCCUGCAUGUUUAGAAAGUUUCCUUCACAAUGUUAUCUUCAGUGUUUGUACCAUUGCCUCUCAAUGGCUGUUAUCCACUUCUUUUUUUUUUUUCAUGCAAGCAGUACCAAAAGGUGCCUUAUGUCUGGCAGCGUGGGUAUAACCAGUGUAAAAGCCAUUGCUCCAUAGGGAACAAGUGCAAACUUAGAUUUAGGGAGAUUAUCAUAACUUUUGCACACUCUGUAGAAUCUGUAGAAACAGUUUGCCAGCACUCAAAUAGCAAAACAAGUGCCUCAUUUUUACUCUGCAAUAUUAUGUAUUUUUCAGCCAAAAAGGGUUCCUUUUUUUACAUAUAUUUUUAUAUACUGAAUGUAAGUGUGACUGGGAUGAUUGUAUAUCGACAGUGAAAAAUGUGACGCUGAAUGCUUUUGAUAUUGGUAUUUCUCUAUUUUUAUGACGCUUUUUUUUUUAAAAAUAAAUGACGUUUUGUAUAAUUC